CCCACUUCCCCCUCUCUCAAACCAUCAUCCUCGCUCAUCCUAUUUCCUCUAUUAUUUCCCUCACAGCAAGCAAAGCAAAGCACUCCCCAGCGGUCUCUUUGCAGACCUCUGUUGGAUGCUGUUGCUUUUCUCUUGAGAUAAACACAUAUUUAGUACAAUCUGCCUAGUGGUUGGAGAUGUCCGCUCCACUUAGCAAGAGCCUCCGCUUAUCUUCAGCUUUGAACAUCACUGAGGAGGCCAUGGUCACCAAGAAGCAAGGUAUAGUAUCCAUUCUGGGAUCCGAUACCGACAGACCAUCCAGAGCUGCCUCACUUAGAAGAACUCUCUCAGCUGAUAUGUCCUCCAAGAAAUGGCUUACUCAACAUGGAUUCUCUCCCCUGAAAAAGAUUGCAUCCUCCGAGGAAUUCCCUGUUUCCAUCAUAGACUCGUCCUCUGAAGAAGGGGAAGAGGAUUUUGAAGAAAGGAAGGACACUGAAGCACGAGGUCAAUUCGACAUCUGGACUUCGAUUCAACAAGAGAAGAACAAGAAGGAGCUUGAAAAGCCCGGCCUGUUCGAUAUAUGGACCUCAAUCAUAUCAGAGAAGGCUCAGGAAGACCCUUCAAAGUCACUUCCCCCUCCUUAUAUUCACCCUCUUGUGAAAAGAUCAGCUAGUUCUUUAAGCGAGAAAAGCCUCGAAAUUUGCACUGAGAGCCUUGGUUCCGAGACUGGUUCAGAUGGGUUCUCUUCAUACCCUCCAUCAGAAACUGGUGACAUGGAGGAAGAUAAAGAAGAAGAUCAAGAACUCCAACAGCAAAAGCAGGAGAGAGAGGCACAGCUGAAUUCUUUUGAUGGUGAAGAACCAAGAAUUGUGAAAUAUAACUGCGAUGUUGGCAAGAAAUCGCCACACCGAUCAUUUCCUCCACCAAUUCCUUCUCUUUCUCGCAAAGAUGGAGCAUCUGUCCGCAUGAAGACUCAUCGUGAUAAUGGCAGAUUGGUUCUUGAAGCUGUUUCUGUGCCUUCACAGAACAACUUUCUUGCUCAACGCCAGGACGGUCGCCUCGUUCUUACUUUUGCCAAUACCAUUCCUAGUGAAGCAGAGUCCAUGGUUAAUGAAGUAAUGAAUGUCGAAGAAGAAGAAGAAGUAAAGGAAGUGGAAGAGCUAGAAGAAGAGUUUGAAAGCUUUGGAGAAGAAGAGCAAGAAAGUGAAAUAGAUGAAGAAGAAGAAGAGGAAAUUAGUGAGAAUGAAAUUGAGGGAGUAGAAGAUAGCUGUUAUGUGAUUGAGCAGGCUCCUAAACUUUCAAGUGGAGCAAUGAAUGUGCAUAGGUUAGCUGUAAUGAUGAACAAGCCCAUAUGGUUAGCAAAUAGGAACCCAACAUGGCCUAAAAAUUUCGAUGAAAUAGUUAAAUUUGGAGAGGAAAGGGAGGAGAAGGUCGUUGAGCCAACCGCCCCACCACUAGCACAGUCACUGCCCCCGCGGCCGCGGGUGCGUAGGCUGAUACCAUCACCACCGUCAACCGCAGCAGCUACAUCAUUCAACGCUUAUGAGUGCUACUGGAAGCCCAAUCAGCCCAUGUCAAAGGCAGCAGUUCUUAACCCACUUGGUCAACAGUCAACAUUUCCACUGGAGGACAACAGUAACCAGCAGCUUAUUCUGUCCAAGAAUCUAUUGGCUAAUGAACAACAACAAUUGCUAGUGUUGAGAGGGAACAAAGCGAUGGGAGAGAGCAACGCAAGCGUCGAUGAGGAUUUGCUUCUCAAAGAGUUCUUCGCCGAAGUCAGCGAAGUUGAACGAGACAAUGAAGUCAUCAGGAUUCUUUCAUGCUUCAAGUUAAAUCCAUUUGAGUUUCUGAACCUAGCAUUUGAUUCAUCUCCAGAAGAUGUCAAAAAGCAGUAUCGUAAGUUAUCAUUAAUGGUCCACCCUGACAAAUGCAAGCAUCCACAAGCAAAAGAGGCUUUUGGAGCAUUAGCAAAAGCCCAACAACAAUUGCUUGAUCAACAAGAAAGGGAUUAUAUCCUAAGCCAAGUAACUGCUGCAAAAGAAGAACUUAGAGCAAAGAGGAAGAAGCAGUUAAAGAAAGACACAGCUUCUAAGUUAAAGUUAUUAGUUGAUGAGGGGAAAUCUGAGCAACAAUACGAACAAUCAGAGGAGUUCCAGCAGGAGUUGAAGUUGAAGGUUCGAGAAUUAUUAACAGAGCAGGAAUGGCGGCGGAGAAAAAUGGCAAUGAGGAUAUCUGAAGAGGAAGGGCGUCUAAAGAAGGAUGAAGAAGAGCAAAAGGAGAUGUGGAAAAGGAAGCGCGAACAUGAGGAGCAGUGGGAAGGAACAAGGGAGCAGCGAGUUUCAAGUUGGAGGGAUUUCAUGAAGUCAGGGAAAAAGUCUAAGAAAGGAGAACUUCGCCCCCCCAAACUCAAAACAGAGGAUCCCAACAAAUCAUAUGUUCAAAGGCCUGUAAAGCGGGGUUAACUGCUGUGGUAGCCAGGACAACUGUUCCUGCAGUGAAGGACUUGAGAAUGUAGGUUGAGCUGAAGCUUGUAUGAACCCAUGUAUCUGAAGAGGCUUAUUAUUAUUAUUAUUAUUAUUAUUGUAAAAGAAAAAUACAUGCAGGAAAACUUUUCUUUUUUGUUAUUUUCUUAUAAAAGCUUACCAUUUUGUUUUUCA